AUGGCCACCCCCAACUCCAAGAAACCGCUCGCUGACCGUUCGAAUGCCUCGCCGUCCGCGCGGAACACAACGGGAGUUGGUUCUACUAGGUCCCCUGCGGCGAACUCGGUGCCUGCGAGUUCAGGUCAAGGACUCGCUCGUACUCCUUCUCUUCGUCAAACAAGACCUGUGCGAAAACCUGGCAAUCGCGCAAGCAGUUCCUUUACUGCACCAGUCAGCACGGGGGCGGAAGAAGAUGAAAGCAAAUCCGAAUAUGCGCAGUUGAUUGCGGACUUGAAAGAACAGGUCCAGCGUGCUGAACAAGCAUCCGAACAAUAUAGAAAGCAGUUGGAGGUUAUGCAACAACGUCUAGACCAGGCGGCAGCCGAGCAGACCAGCGCCGAGGAACGCGACUACCAAAGACAGUCUGAACUGGAUCGCUUAAAAGCGGAGAUCAAAGAUCUCAACAGACAGCGGCGAGAGCUUGAGGUGACCUAUAACGAGGACAAACAAAUGUUCUUACAAGAGAGGGAAAAGCAAGAGAGCAAGGUGACCGAGCUUCAAGGCGUCAUUAACAGGCUGAAUGAAACUUUGAGGGCCAAGGGGGCAGAGAGAGUCAGCGCUAGCCGAUCCGCAAGCAACUCAGGGGCACAGGUACCGGAAGACGACGGCGCAGACGGUAGUGCCAAACGUGACGAGAUUCCUCCCGAGGUGCUUCAGACUUUGCGACAAAAGGAGGCUGAUAUCGAGGCUCUGAGAUUUGACCUGGCUGAGGCGCAGUUGAAGUUGGCGGAACAAGAACAUCUAGGCGACGGCCGACUUCAGGCACUUGAAAAGGAGCUCAUGGAUGUUAAAAUGCAAAACGCCCGCCUUAUUGAGGAAAAUGAAAGUUUCCAGAUGCUUCUUAGUGAGAAGACUCUGAAGGGUGAUUUCGUACAUCAUCAUCACCAUCACCAGGAGGACGAGAUCGCUGGCAUGAGUACGCUCGCUGAAGAACUCGAAUCCACCGAAGAAGAUGCGGAAGUCCACAGCGACGCGUACAAACGGCUUGAGGCGGAACUGAAAUCAUCGAAAGAGGAGAAUAAAGCUCUCACCUUAUAUGUCGACAAAAUCAUCGGGCGGCUACUUCAGCAUGACGGCUUCGAGCAUAUCAUCCACGACAAGGAUGAACCACCCAAACCUCCGGCAAAGGUGGCAGCGGCAGAGAAGGCUCUUCCAGCCGUACCUGAUCAGCAAGCAGCCGCGCAACCCUCGCCUGGGGUUGCGGGUGGCUUUCUGCAGCGUGCCAGAUCAGUCGUGUCCCGACCAGGACCGAAAGCCAGGCCGAUGUCCUACGCGCAGCCGGCACCUACGCCUUCGGCCAACGAGAAUCCGGAAACAGCCCCUAGCAUCCCCCUCCAUCGCGGUCAUCGUCGGACUCGCUCUGAUCAAGCCCAGGCCGAUUUGGCGGCCGCUGCAGUUGUCCAGCAGAUGAAUCGAGCAUCGCCCAUGCGGGCCGCGUCUGGGGGACCGCUUAGUCCCGGGAUUCGACCGCUUAGCCCACAGUUGGCACAACAAAGACGAGGCUCUUACAUGAGCCAGUCAACCUCAACUGCUCGCGCACUGUCAGGUUCGGGUUUACGGGCUGAUAGUUCAGCCAACAGCGUUACGAGCGAGGGCAGCGAGGAGGCCAAGUCCAACACAGACGGAAGCUCUACGGCCGCAAUAACAAGCGGACACAGCCAAACUCAGGGUCAAGGCCAGGCACAAGGCAAUAUUCCAGGUGCAGUCAUGAAGCAGAACCAGUUAAGACCCUUGCGCUUGGUGCAAGAACAAAGCCAAAUAGACGAGGAAAUGCAGAAACGAAACAACAGGGGAAGUUGGAUCGGGUGGCUCCGAGGGAGUACGAUCGAGGCGCAACCAGAAUAG